AUGAUUGAUGAAUGCUCAGAAAAUAACCCAAAGCUGGAGAAUUUAUUUUUUAUUAGAACAAAUAAAAUAUUUGAAUGCAAAAAAGGCCAUAAAGUAAAAAAAGAAGAACCAAGCACAUUUCUGAUUGUCCCUGAGAAAUUUGAUCAGAAUAUUAGUAGCUAUAUAUUUGAAUCAGAGAAGCCUGAUCAUUUUAACGGCAAAAAUAAGAUUUACUGCAGUGUCUGCAAAAGUUUAAUGGAAAUUACAGUUACUAAAGAGCAUAUACUUCCUGAAAUUUUAGCGAUGUAUUUUGUGAGCGAGAAUCCAAAGAAAAGGAAUAUUAGAAACAUUGAAAUCUUCAAAGGCAAAGAGUAUAUGCUUUAUGGGGUUAUUUGUUUUUAUCCACCAUAUAGCCAUUAUGUAGCUUCUACGUUAGAUAAGGGAACAUGAAGAGAAUAUAAUGACAAGUUUGUGUCUGAAAAGGAGCCUGAUUUUAAUUAUGCAUAUAUGGUAUUUUAUAGAAAAGUUAAGUAA